AUGAAGCUCCUCUACCCCACAACCCUCAACUUCAACCCCGCCCUCCUCGCCGGCUUCCCCACCCUAACCCUGCACCCCUACGACGCCAAAGCCCCCACCCUCCCCUCUGACCUCCUCGACGCCACAAUCCUCAUAACCUGGGCCAACAGCGCCGCCAACCUCUCCUUCGCCGCCUCCAACCUCCGCCAGCUCCGCUGGAUCCAGUCCCUCGCCGCCGGCCCCAACGACGUGCUCGCCGCGGGCUUCGACACCUCCCUCAUUACCAUCUGCACCGGCUCCGGCCUGCACGACCACACCGUGGCCGAGCACGCCCUGGGCCUGCUGCUGACCGCCGCCCGCCGCUUUCACGAGAUGCGCGACUACCAGCUGCAGGGCAAGUGGCCGGGGCAUCUGGGCGGGCCGCAGCCGGACCGGGAGCCGGGGACGUUCCGGACGCUGAGGGACGCGCGCGUGCUGGUGUGGGGGUUUGGGAAUAUUGCGAAGUGCCUGACGCCGAUGCUGGUGGGGCUGGGCGCCACGGUGCGCGGGGUGGCGAGGACGGCCGGGGUGCGGGCCGGGGUGGAGGUGUUUGGUGAGGAUAAGUUGGCCGAGUUGCUGCCGCAGACGGAUGCGCUGGUGAUGAUCCUGCCGGGGGAUGCGUCGACGAGGCAUGCGCUGAAUAAGGAGAGGCUGGCGCUGCUGCCCAAGCAUGCGUGGUUGGUCAAUGUGGGCCGCGGGUCGUCGGUGGAUGAGAAUGCGUUGUUUGAGGCGCUGGAGAAGGAGGAGAUUGGGGGCGCGGCGUUGGAUGUGUUUGAGCAGGAGCCGUUGCCGGAGGGGGAUAAGCUGUACGGGGCAAAGAACUUGGUUCUGUCUCCCCAUGCCGCGGGAGGCAGGCCGCAGGGCGCAGAGGAGUUGAUCGUAGACAACUUGCGGAAGUUCCUUGCGGGGCAGGAGAUGCGGAACGUGGUUUGA